AUGCCGAUUGGAAAAAUUCUCAGACAUUUACAGAUCCCAAUCGGUGAAGGUACACCCCUAUCAAACUCUAAAAUUAUGAAUGCUGAGAAUGUUAGGACUAGGAUUGAAAAAACAAAGGAGAGAGCUCCAAGGGCCAAGGCUUCUAAAGAGGCCGAACUAAAGAUCUCGAAAGACAAAAACCCUAAAGAAGAUGAACCUAAAGAGAAGGACACCGCAGUAAAAGGCAAGUCAAAAAUCAAGAGAGCGUCUAAGAAGAGAAAGUCGAUUGAGAAGAAAGCGGAAAGCGGGUCUCACGAUUCCGAAAGGAUAUCCUCCCCCGACCCAUCCGGUACGAUCUUUAAGGAAACUCCAAUUAUGGUGGUGAUUCCACUUCCAGUUCCAUCUAACUCACCAGUCAAAGAGAAGGAUGCAGCCGAAAAAAUCCCUUCUCCAAGACAGGCCGAAGCAUCUACGAGUCGGGCUGCUAAAUCUAUUGAACAGGUUAGUACUCACACUCAUAACUCUGAAAUUAGGAAAUCCCCUCCUAAGAGCAUUGCGGAUACAAUAGAAUCAGUCCGGCUAAGAACUUCAGAUGUGGUACUAGACGUAGCGAAAGAAGUUACUCAGGCAAAUAAUGACGAGGCGACAAGUAAAAUUGUUGAAGAAGGUCAGGCUGUUAAAACUGACCGGUUAGAUGAUCCGACCAACGAAACGGUCAACAAUGAAGAAGAAAUACCAACGGUUUGUCCUCCGGUUCAAGAGGGAAUUAAUACAGAAAGAAUUACGACAAAUCCGGGUGCUGAAAACCCCCUUCCUACCGAGCAUUCAUUACAAUCGGCUCUUAAGGUGCCGGUCAUUCCUAACACUGCACCGGAAUCCUCAAAACCAGUUAAUGAAGAAGAAGAAAAUAUUCUAGUUCAUGGAGGUAACACCACUGAAAAGAAUUCAAUAGGUCCCGGUGGGGACGAUACUUUUCAAAUAGAUCAAAAUUCGGAUCAUGGGAAACUGGCUACUAUCAUUACUCCAUCCGAAUCUCCAACAUAA